UACAGUUCCUCGACGCCGCGGCGAGGUCCGCUAGCUGUGGCUGCGCACCGCGACGCAGGGAACCGAUUUCUUGGGAGCUCCAUUUCCAACGAGGUCUGGAGAGCCGAGGCGCGGCUGUGGAGCCCGGGAAAGGGGCGAUGGAGCGGAGGCCACGAAGGGGGGCGCGGGGCGGCGCGCGCUCGGCUCCCGGGCCGGCCCCGGCGCUUCGAGCCACAGCGCCCGGGCGCUCCGCGGAACCGCAGGGCACGCAGCUCUGGCUCUUCCCCAGAGCCGCCGGCCUCCGCGGGGCGCUGCACCAGAGGACCGAGGCGACGCGCCAGAUGUGCUGUACGCGCGGGCGCCUGGUGGUGUUGGAGCGCGGCGGGGCCGGCGUCGAGGUCCACCAGCUGCCGGCGGGGAGCGACGGCACCAGGAAGCCGAAGUGCAUUAAGUUAGGAAAAAAAAUGAAGAUACAUUCCGUGGACCAAGGAGCAGAGCACAUGCUGAUUCUAUCCUCAGAUGGAAAACCAUUUGAGUACAACUAUAGCAUAGAACAUGCAAGGUUUCAAUGCAUUUUACAAGAAAAAAGUAUAAUUCAGAUCACAUGUGGGGAUUAUCAUUCUCUUGCACUCUCAAAAGGUGGUGAGCUUUUUGCGUGGGGACAGAACUUACAUGGCCAACUUGGAAUUGGAAGUCAGUUUGCCUCAAUCGCCAUACCACAGAUUGUGGAGAACCUGUCGGGAAUUCCCUUGGUUCAGAUUUCUGCGGGAAAAGCCCACAGCAUGGCCUUAUCCAUGUCUGGAAACAUCUACUCCUGGGGAAGAAAUGAUUUUGGACAACUAGGCCUGGGCCACACUGACGGUAAAGAUUUUCCUUCCCUUAUUGAAGCACUGGACAAUCAGAAAGUUGAAUUUCUUGCUUGUGGUGGCUCUCACACUGCCCUGCUCACAAAGGAUGGGCUGGUAUUUACUUUUGGUGCUGGAAAACAUGGGCAACUUGGUCAUAAUUCAACACAAAAUGAGUUAAGACCCCGUUUGGUGACUGAGCUUGCUGGGAAUAGAGUAACCCAGUUAGCAUGUGGAAGGCAGCACACACUUGCCUAUGUUUCUGAUUUGGGGAAGGUCUUUUCUUUUGGUUCUGGAAAAGAAGGACAACUGGGAAACGGUGGAACACAUAAUCAGCUGAUACCACUUCCCAUGAAAUUGCCAUCAAAUGAAGAACUCACAUUUGAAAGCCGUGCCUCAGAAAAGGAGUUAAUAAUGAUUGCUGGAGGGAAUCAAAGCAUUUUGCUCUGGAUGGGAAAAAAGAAUUCCUAUGUUAAUCUGAGGAGGAAAAUUCCUACAUUGAACGAAGGAACUGUAAAGAGAUGGAUUGCUGAUGUGGGGACUAAACAGUGGCAGAAUACAAAAAAGGAAAUCAGAGAGAUAUUUUCUUCUCCUGCUUGUCUGACUGGAAGUUUUUCAAGGGAAAGAAGAGCUGCAGAAACGAUGCCUGUUCACUUGGACUUAAAUAAAGCAAGAAAUGCUUUUAAGGAGUUAACUCAGAAGGACUGGAUUGCUAACACGAUAACUACAUGUCUCAAGGAUAAUCUGCUCAAAAAUCUUCCGUUUCAUUCUCCACACCAAGAAGCUUUAGAAAUUUUCUUCCUUCUUCCUGAAUGUCCCAUGAUGCAUGAUUAUAACAACUGGGAGAGCCUGGUGGUUCCGUUUGCAGAGGCUGUUUGUGCCAUGAGUAACCAGUCUUUAGGCGUUCUGGAGGAGUACUGGGCAUCUCUGCAGGAACCUGCUUUCAGCAGGCUGGUCCAGAUGUUUAAAGGAGCCAUCACUGCUCAACUGCAUUACUGGACUGAAAGCUCUGAGGACAACUGUCACGUUAAGGCUCUCCUAGAAAUGCUGAGAAAGCUGUACAGGGUAAACCAGGCUAAAUGUCAACUGCCCGAAAAUAUUUUCAAAAUAAACGAACUUACACAAUGGCUUGAUUUUUAUGGGGAUGCAUAUAGAAGGUCUUCUUGGAGAGUGAACAACUUGGACACUUCAGUAGACACUCCGUAUCCUGUCAUAUUCAGUCAUUUUCCGUUUAUCUUUAAUAUUUUGUCGAAAAUCAAACUACUAUAUGCAGAUUCACUUUUAAAAAUACAGGAGAAAAAAUUUAGAGCUUGUAUGCGGCUGGCCGGAGUUGUGGAACACGGAAGGUCCGAAUUAUCUUUGUUGCCUACAUUCAAUCUGACAGUCAGAAGGAAUCACUUGAUUGAGGAUGUUUUGAGUCACCUAAAUCAGUUUGAGAAUGAAGAUCUGAGGAGGGAGUUAAUGGUUUCAUUUAGUGGAGAAAUUGGGCUUGACUCUGGAGGAGUCAAGGUAGAAUUUUUCCACUGUCUGUUUGAGGAGAUGACCCGUCCAGAAUAUGGGAUGUUCACAUAUCCUGAGGAGGCUUCCUACAUGUGGUUUCCUGUCAGGCCUAAAUUUGAGAAGAAGAGAUAUUUCUUCUUUGGGGUUCUGUGUGGACUUUCUCUGUUCAAUUUCAAUGUUGCCAACAUCCCUUUUCCACUGGCCCUGUUUAAGAAACUGUUGAACCAGGCGCCAUCACUGGAAGACUUAAAAGAACUUAGCCCUGUUUUGGGAAAAAACAGUCAUGGACAGAGCAUAAGUUAUACCAUGGUGCGAAAUCUGCAAGUGAUGUUUAUUUUAAAUCUCAUUUCAUAUCAUCACCUUUAAAGUGAAAACUUAUUUCUAAGUUAAAAAGCCAAGCUACCACCUCACAAAAAAAUACUGGUAAGAGAAAGGGGUAAUAGCCCUGCUGUAUAAAGUGUUCCUAUACAUCCAUAAGAAAAAUUGGCAAAGUAUACAAGAAGACAACCCACACAAAAAAAAUUUAGAAUGGCUUAAUCUCCCCAGUCAUCCUAGAAUACAGAUUGAAAUCAGAGGCUAAUUUGUGCUUUAGACUGACAGAUUGAAAUACUGAUGCUGUAUAGUGUUUGUGAGGAUUUGGGAAAAGGUUUGUUCUAAUUUCAGGUAUUAAUAGCGGACAUGUAAAUUGGUGGUUCCUUUUCAGAGAACAGUAUGGUAGUACUUAAUCUGAAUCAAAAAUGUGUUUGCCUCUUUGACUUAGCAGUUGUACUUCUAGGCAUUUUACUUUCAGAAAUAAUACAACCAUGCAAGGAUUUUUCCAUACAAAUGUGUAUUGUAUUACAUAGUCCAUAAUGCGUGGAAUACCUGAAUGUUUUUCAGUAAAGGAAUUCUGUAUUUUUGACUUAUUUAUGCAAUGGAAUCCUAUGUAGAUUUUCAAAAGAAUGAGAAUAGUAGUAUGGUCCUAUCAUUGUUAGUAUCCCCAUUUCACAGAUGAGGAAACUGAAACAGACAGGUUAGGUAACUUGUCCCAGACUCCAUAGUGACAAAACCAUGAAAUUGAACAUAGUCUAUCUCCAGCAUCCAACUUUAAAAAAAAAAUUUUUUUUUUAAUAUUUGUUAUUUAUUUUUGAGAGAGAGAGCACACGGUCACAAGCCAGGGAGGGGCACAGAGAGAGGGAGAGAAGAAUCCCAAGCAGGCUCCAUGCCAUCAGAGCAGAGCCUGAUGCAGGGCUCAAACUCAUGGACUGUGAGAUCAUGACCUGAGCCAAAACGAAGAGUAGGACACUUAACCAAUUGAGCCACUCAAGUGCUCCCGUCAUCCAACUGUUAAUCACUAUACUAAUUAUACUAUUGAUAAGGAAAAAGUAUCAAAAGUACAAGAUUUGGAGAGGAGGAAAUAAAUGUAUUAUUUUUUCCUAGAACAAUGAAAAUGAUGUAAUAAUACUAAUGCCUAAGAAGACUUAAUAAACUUAAAACACAUCAACAUUAGUACAUGUAAAGAUCAUUAUAUCGGUAUGCAUGUUUUUCACACUUUUAGGUCUAAAGACUUAAAAAGUAUUGAAGACCCCAAAGAGCUUAUCCUUAUGUUGUUUGUAUUUGUCAGUAUUUACAGUAUUAGAAAUUAAAGGUGAUAAAUGUUUUAAAUAGAAGAUACAUAAACAUUCAUUCUAUUAGCUAUCACAUAAUAUAGCCUCUGGAAAACUGCCUUCUAUACUUAAGACAGAAUGUGAAAAAAGUGAGUAAUAUUUUGGUAUGAUUAUGAAAAUAGUUUUGACCUCAUAGGUCACUUGUGAAGUCCUUAGAGAUUUCCAGAAGUUUCUGGUCUGGGUCACACAUGGAAAGCCACUGAUCUUGGUAUUCAGUGAAACUCCAGUUUUAAUCUCAGCAGGCUUUCCAUGAAAUUUCACAAACUGAUUAUAACAUGUAUAUGGAUGAGCAGAAGGCCAAGAACCGCUAGCAGAAAAAGGUGAAUAGGGAUAGGGAACUUGGCCUACCAGAUAUUAAGGAUUUUUAGAAAGCUGUAUUAGGACAGCACAGUAGGAGUGCAGGUCAGAAACUGACCCAUGCACCUAUGGAACUUGUUAGAGGUAGCAUACCAGAUUAAUGGGAACAGGAGUAUCGUCAGUUCAAGCAUAUGGGAAAAAAUGAGAGCUGGUAACCUUAUGCCAUGUACAAAAAUCAACUUCGUGUGGAUGAAGGACUUAAAUAUUAAAUGCAAACAUGUUGAAAAUAUGGACAGAUCUCUUUCUCACCAUUGCAGUUUUAAUUAAGACAUAAAAAUAAAAAGUACUAACAUUAAAGGAAAGAUUAAUAGGUGUAACUUCAAUAAGAUGAAAGAAUUUAUCUGUUCUUCAUGAGAUCCCUUAACAAAAGGGGAAACGGCACCCUGCAAACUGGUAUUUGUAACCCAGUUUGGGGGUGGUAGAAAAAUGGGAUAGGGGAGGUAUCCCAUAUAAGUAGGUAUAAGAUAUUAGCACUAUUUUAGUUUUAUUUUUGGAGGCAGCUUCCUUGGUAUUCAUAAACAGUGUACUGUAGAGGAGGCUUUCAUCAGCAUAUCUUACCUACUACUGCUAGUCUCAGGGUUCAUUGACAGUAAUGUCUGAACUUUACAUCCCUUAUGCCUGCUACAUUGGGUGCUUAGUAAAUGUUAGUUGAAUGAAUAAAUGAGUGAAUGAGUAAAUAUGAUGAGAUAUACAACUUUAAAAAUAUGUGUGAGGUACCAUAGGACAAGAGAGGAUGGAGACACAAAAAGACUGGCUGCUAUCCAUCCUAAUAUAACCUAUAUUCACACAGAUGCCUUGAAACAGUUAAGGUGAUCAAAUUCAUGUCUGUCUUAAGCUUGAUGAUAUUGGGACAGUAGAUGCAGAGAACAUUCUGUGACCUUCUCAUACCUCAGAUUCCCUAAGUGAUCCCUGAUAUUUAGAAAGAGGGUAUUUAUUCUGUAAGUGAAGUUCAGAUUUUAAGUAAAGAUAACACUGAUUU